AUGCCAGGAAAUACCACUAUAACGGUGACUGAGUUUAUCAUGCUGGGGUUUGGAGACCUCAAGGAAUUGAGUCCCUUGCUCUUCUUGGUGUUUGGCAUUGUCUACCUAGCCACCAUUUCUGCAAAUCUCCUCCUUGUGGUCCUGGUGAGCACUCAGCGGGGAAUCCAGACACCAAUGUACUUCUUUCUGGCAAACCUCUCAUGCUUGGAGAUCUGUUAUACAUCCAAUAUCAUGCCCAGGUUGCUCGUGGACUUGUUGAGAGAGAACAGAGUGAUCUCCAUGGCAGGUUGUAUUGUUCAGCUCUACUUCUUCGGGGCCCUGGGCAGCACUGAAUGUUAUCUUCUGGCAGUAAUGUCAUAUGACCGAUACCUAGCUGUCUGCCAGCCUUUGCGCUACCCAACACUAAUGCAUGGGACCAUAUGUUUGGGUCUGGCAAUUGGCUCAUGGGUUAGUGGCUUCACAGUGGCAGCUUCAUUCCAGGCUGCUAUGGUAUCCAGCUUGACCUUCUGUGGCAGCAAUGAGAUCGACCACUUCUUCUGUGACUUGAAUCCUCUCCAGAAACUCUCCUGCUCAGAUCCCCAACUAGUCAACCUGGUCUGCAUGAGCUUAACAGCACUGGUGACUCUGCCCCCCUUUGGACUAACCCUAGCCUCCUAUGGGAAGAUUAUUUCCACAGUCCUGUAUAUACCUUCAGUGACUGGUAGGCAGAAGGCAUUCUCCACGUGUUCCUCUCAUCUAGUGGUUGUGACUUUGUUUUAUGGGACCUUGAUCUUAGUCUAUGCUCUCCCCUUGGCUGGCCAGUUGCCACUUCUCAACAAAACUUUCUCUUUGCUCUAUACUGUUGUCAUUCCCAUGUGUAAUCCCCUUAUCUACAGUCUCAAAAACAAAGAUGUCAGGGAAGCCCUGAGGAAGCUGAAGGUUUGA